CUCUUCUGUCUGAGUUCUGUUUUUCCUUUCGCAAGUGGCGCCCAUAAAACGUGAAUAGUCGCAUCAAAAAUCGGAAAAAAUACCGUUCUGCAGGCCCGGAACGCAGCUCUGCGAUGGCUCAUAACUACAUAGUGACCGCCCAGAAGCCGACGGCGGUCACGGCGUGCGUAACCGGCAACUUUACUUCGACGACCGACUUGAAUUUGAUUGUGGCUAAAAGUUCCCGACUGGAGAUCUAUCUCGUUACUCCGGAAGGACUGCGUCCGAUCAAGGAAAUCGGCAUCAAUGGAAAGAUUGCCGUGAUGAAGCUGUUCCGCCCGGCGGAAGCCCAAAAGGAUCUCAUAUUCAUUUUGACCCAUCGCUACAAUGCGAUGAUUUUGGAAUGUGCGGUUCAAGGGGAUGAUAUUGAAAUCAUUACCAAAGCCCACGGGAAUGUGGCCGAUCGCGUCGGAAAGCCAGCCGAGACGGGUAUCCUGGCCGUGAUCGACCCAAAGGCACGGGUUAUCGGUAUGCGAUUGUACGAAGGCUUAUUCAAAAUCAUCCCGCUGGAUCGAGAUACCCACGAGCUCAAAGCAACCAGCCUGCGCAUGGAGGAAGUCCACGUGCAGGAUGUGGAGUUUUUGUACGGGACUCAGCAUCCGACGCUGAUCGUCAUCCAUCAGGACUUGAACGGCCGCCACAUCAAGACACACGAAAUCAACUUGAAGGAUAAGGAUUUCACCAAGAUUGCUUGGAAGCAGGACAACGUUGAAACGGAAGCCACCAUGUUGAUUCCGGUACCGAUGCCUCUCGGGGGAGCAAUCGUUAUCGGGCAGGAAUCGGUGGUUUAUCAUGACGGCGACAGCUACGUGGCCGUGGCCCCGGCCAUCAUCAAGCAAAGUACCAUCAAUUGCUACGCCAGAGUCGACAGCAAGGGAUUCCGUUAUUUGCUUGGUAACAUGAGUGGUCAUCUUUUCAUGAUGUUCUUGGAAACGGAGGAAAACGCGAAGGGUCAACUAACCGUUAAAGAUAUCAAGGUCGAACUUCUCGGAGAUAUUACCAUUCCGGAGUGCAUAACCUACUUGGACAAUGGAGUCCUUUUCAUCGGAUCUCGCCAUGGAGAUUCACAAUUGGUGAAGUUGAAUACCACGGCGGGAGACAAUGGGGCUUACGUUACCGUAAUGGAAACCUUUACCAAUUUGGCUCCCAUCAUCGACAUGUGCAUUGUGGAUCUGGAAAAGCAAGGUCAGGGCCAAAUGAUCACAUGUUCCGGUAGCUACAAGGAAGGUUCAUUGCGAAUCAUCCGCAACGGAAUCGGAAUACAGGAGCAUGCUUGUAUUGAUCUACCUGGAAUCAAAGGAAUGUGGGCCCUGCGUGUGGGCAUCGAUGACAGCCCGUACGACAAUACGUUGGUCCUUUCCUUUGUCGGGCAUACCCGUAUCCUCACGCUGUCCGGCGAAGAAGUCGAAGAAACGGAAAUUCCUGGAUUUCUCAGCGAUCAACAAACCUUCUAUUGCGCCAAUGUGGACUUUGGACAGAUCAUCCAGGUGACGCCGACGACUGCUCGUUUGAUUCAGUGCGACAACAAGUCGAUGAUCUGCGAGUGGAAACCGCCAGAUGAUAAGCGCAUCAGUGUUGUCGCUUGCAAUUCCUGUCAGAUGGUUUGUGCCACUGCUUGCGACAUUUAUUACAUUGAAAUUGAGGAUAGCAAGUUGGUGCAUAAGAGCACUGUCACGUUGGACUACGAAGUGGCUUGUUUGGACAUUUCGCCUCUAGAAGACAACGCAACUCAGGCUGAGUUGGUAGCAGUUGGGCUAUGGACGGACAUCUCGGCUUGCAUUCUACGGUUGCCGAAUCUGGAAGUGGUGCACACGGAAAAACUUGGUGGAGAAAUCAUACCUCGUUCCAUUUUGAUGGCCCAUUUCGAAGGCAUCGUGUACCUGUUGUGCGCGCUCGGCGAUGGAUCAAUGUUCUACUUCGUACUUGACAAAAACACCAACCGUUUAACCGAUCAGAAGAAGGUCACCCUCGGCACACAGCCUACAAUCUUGAAAACUUUCCGUUCCUUAUCUACGACGAAUGUCUUUGCUUGCUCAGAUCGGCCCACGGUCAUCUACAGCUCGAAUCAUAAACUGGUGUUUUCAAAUGUGAACCUGAAGGAAGUGAACCAUAUGUGUUCGCUCAAUGCGGAAGCUUACCAGGACAGUUUGGCUUUGGCCACGAAAAAUUCAGUCAUUCUGGGCACCAUCGACGAGAUCCAGAAGCUUCACAUUCGGACGGUUCCCCUGGGAGAAUCGCCACGACGAAUCGCAUACCAAGAGGCAUCGCAAACCUUUGGAGUCAUCACGGUGCGGACGGAUAUUCAAGAUUCCAGUGGCCUGACGCCUUCGCGACAAAGUGCGUCAACGCAGACAACGAAUGUGACCUCUUCGACGAAUAUGGGCCUGCUAAAGACGGGGGCAACCAACGCCGAAUUCGGCCAAGAAGUCGAAGUUCACAAUCUUCUUAUCAUAGAUCAAAACACCUUCGAGGUCCUGCACGCUCACCAGUUUAUGCAGACCGAGUACGCCAUGUCGUUGAUUUCGGCGAAGCUUGGCAAUGACCCCAACACGUACUAUAUUGUGGGAACCGCGUUGGUUAACCCAGAGGAACCGGAACCAAAGGUGGGACGGAUCAUCAUCUAUCAUUAUGCGGAUGGAAAUCUCUCCCAAGUUAGCGAGAAGGAAAUUAAGGGUGCCUGCUAUUCGCUGGUGGAAUUCAACGGACGGGUUUUGGCCAGCAUCAAUUCGACUGUGCGGUUAUAUGAAUGGACUGAUGAUAAAGACUUACGACUCGAGUGCAGUCAUUUCAACAAUGUGCUGGCACUUUACUGUAAAACAAAAGGUGAUUUUAUUUUGGUUGGUGAUCUGAUGAGGUCCAUCACUUUGCUACAGUACAAACAAAUGGAGGGCAGUUUUGAGGAAAUCGCUCGCGAUUAUCAACCGAACUGGAUGACGGCGGUGGAAAUUUUGGACGACGAUGCCUUCCUUGGGGCGGAUAAUAGCAACAAUCUUUUCGUUUGCUUAAAAGACGG